AUGAACUCAUCCAAUAAUAACGACUCGUCCAGCUCCAAUAGCAACAUGAAUAACUCCUUGAGCCCGACCCUUGUGACCCACAGUGAUGCUAGUAUGGGCUCGGGUAGAGCAAGCCCAGACAAUAGCCAUAUGGGGAGAGGUAUAUGGAAUCCAUCGUACGUAAAUCAAGGCUCUCAAAGGUCUCCACAGCAGCAGCAUCAGAAUCAUCACCAGCAGCAGCAGCAGCAGCAACAACAACAACAACAGAAUUCUCAAUUUUGCUUUGUUAACCCUUGGAAUGAGGAAAAAGUAACUAAUUCUCAACAAAACCUGGUGUAUCCCCCUCAAUACGAUGACUUAAACAGUAACGAAAGUCUAGAUGCGUACAGACGACGUAAAUCUAGUCUCGUUGUACCUCCAGCCAGGGCACCUGCCCCAAAUCCUUUCCAGUACGAUAGUUAUCCCGCUUACACCAGCUCUAAUACGAGUUUGGCAGGAAAUAGCAGUGGCCAGUAUCCUUCUGGCUAUCAACAACAACAACAGCAAGUAUACCAGCAGGGCGCUAUCCAUCCUUCCCAAUUUGGAUCCAGAUUUGUUCCCUCCCUUUAUGAUCGUCAAGAUUUCCAAAGAAGGCAGAGUCUGGCUGCAACUAAUUAUUCGUCCAAUUUUUCUUCCCUAAAUUCAAAUACUAAUCAAGGAACAAACUCCAUACCAGUCAUGUCACCUUACAGGAGGCUUAGCGCAUAUCCUCCUAGUACAAGUCCCCCACUACAACCCCCUUUCAAGCAGUUACGAAGAGAUGAAGUACAAGGUCAGAAAUUGUCCAUUCCUCAGAUGCAACUUUGCAACUCUAAAAACGAUCUUCAACCUGUCUUAAAUGCUACUCCAAAGUUUAGACGUGCGUCGCUCAAUUCCAAGACGAUAUCUCCCCUAGUCAGUGUCACGAAAAGCCUGAUUACCACAUAUUCUUUAUGUUCUCCAGAAUUUACCUACCAAACGUCCAAAAACCCCAAGAGAGUACUUACGAAGCCCAGUGAAGGGAAAUGUAACAACGGAUUCGACAACAUAAACAGUGACUAUAUUCUUUAUGUAAAUGACGUUUUGGGUGUAGAGCAGAACAGAAAGUACCUUGUGCUAGACAUUUUGGGUCAAGGUACAUUUGGUCAAGUGGUCAAAUGUCAAAAUUUGCUGACGAAAGAGAUAUUGGCUGUAAAAGUGGUUAAAUCGAGGACAGAAUAUUUGACUCAAAGUAUAACGGAGGCUAAAAUUUUAGAGCUACUGAAUCAAAAGAUAGACCCUACUAAUAAACAUCAUUUUUUAAGGAUGUAUGACUCCUUUGUCCACAAGAACCACUUAUGUUUAGUGUUUGAAUUACUAAGCAAUAAUUUGUACGAAUUAUUAAAACAAAACAAAUUUCAUGGGCUCUCUAUACAACUUAUCAGAACAUUCACCACUCAAAUACUGGAUUCGUUAUGCGUUUUGAAGGAAAGCAAACUGAUUCAUUGCGAUCUGAAGCCAGAGAAUAUCUUGCUCUGCGCACCUGAUAAGCCGGAAUUGAAAAUUAUUGAUUUUGGCUCAUCUUGCGAAGAGGCAAGAACCGUUUAUACAUACAUCCAGUCCAGGUUUUAUCGUGCUCCUGAAAUUAUACUGGGUAUACCGUAUUCAACCAGUAUUGACAUGUGGUCGUUAGGUUGUAUUGUUGCUGAAUUAUUUUUGGGUAUACCGAUCUUCCCAGGCGCUUCUGAAUAUAACCAAUUAACAAGAAUAAUAGACACGCUUGGAUAUCCUCCAUCGUGGAUGAUAGAUAUGGGUAAAAACUCUGGAAAAUUUAUGAAGAAAUUGGCACCAGAAGAAAGUUCUUCUUCUACACAAAAGCAUCGUAUGAAAACUAUUGAAGAGUUUUGCAGAGAAUACAAUAUAGUGGAAAAGCCCAGUAAACAAUAUUUUAAGUGGAGAAAGUUACCAGAUAUUAUUAGAAACUACAGGUAUCCUAAAAGCAUACAGAACUCCCAAGAACUUAUCGACCAAGAAAUGCAGAAUAGGGAGUGUUUGAUCCACUUUUUAGGCGGUGUGCUAAAUUUGAACCCGUUAGAAAGAUGGACACCACAACAAGCUAUGCUACACCCCUUCAUAACAAAGCAGGAGUUUACAGGUGAGUGGUUUCCUCCAGGAUCGUCUUUACCGGGUCCUUCAGAAAAACAUGACGAUGCAAAAGGCCAGCAAAGUGAAUAUGGAAGUGCGAACGACUCUAGUAACAAUGCAGGCCACAACUAUGUCUAUAAUCCUAGCUCUGCCACUGGUGGUGCUGAUAGCGUCGACAUUGGUGCUAUCAGUAAAAGGAAGGAGAAUACAUCUGGCGACAUCUCCAAUAAUUUUGCUGUUACUCAUUCUGUUCAAGAAGGGCCAACAAGCGCGUUCAAUAAACUUCACAUUGUCGAAGAAUAA